GAACUUUAUUGAAACAAAAACAGAGAAAAAGCAUACAUCAGAAAUUUAAAAACAUCAAGAUAACAUUGCUGCGCACGGGUGUGGACCGAAUCUAAUGGGCACAUCAUUAAGGUGACAGUUACACAUUUCAAGGCACCCUGAGCAUGUUUUGUGACUGGGUAUUUUGCCCUUAUCCAGUUUUCAAAAUCUCUGCAUAAGGAUGACUGUAUCAGUACCACAAGUAGUUACUGCCUAAUCAAAUUUUAUCACUGUUGUUUCAGAUAUUGCUCAGUCAGAUAUUAAAAUCAUGAUCCUCCAACUCUGUUGAUGUAUUGGUAAGUAGACUUUUAAAAAAUAAUUUUCCUGUUGUUUGUUUGUAAGACAGACAGACAGACAGACAGAUAUCUGAUCUGCCGAAAUUACCUUCUCUUUCCUCCCUUAAGGCAAUGGUUUUCUGGUUGUGGGAGAUCCCUUCUUACGUAGCAGCUCCUAAAACCAACUUCUGAAAGAUGAAGGAUGGCUCCCUUGACUUCCCGACUGAAAACUGUUACAGAACAGUCAAGGGAAUGGGUAUCCAUUUCUAAAUUCUCUCAAACAUGCAGAAGAUAUAACAUUGCUGCUUAGGUAAAGGCAACAAAAACUGAAAACACCUCAUCAAAGUAUGUCUCAGAUUUGCACAUUCUGGUUUAUACACAUCAAUGAAAAUGUAGCAAGAAUUACUAUAAUUUUGUAACAAUGCUGUACAUAUGGCCAUAGCAAUAUGAUCACGUGACCUGUACACUUUCCUAGUUUGCUGUCCAGCUGCUAUCUAUGAAGGGACAACUGCUGCCCAAACUCCCUUCUUUUUUUGAGUUUCUUUCUCUUUAAAUCAGACAUGGCUUGGAGAGCCUUUCGAACAGAGGAUGACCUUCUAUAAAGUACAACCCAUGGCCAACAGAACAAGAUAUCCUCUUCCACGAAUGAACUUAUUUUAAGUCUGUGGAAUAUAUAUAUAUAUUCAUAGUUAGGCUCCAUAUCUGGACCUGUAACUUCACUAAAGAGUCAAUAAUCCACAUCCUGAGAUGAUACAUGAUAUUAAUCAAGAAGAAUACAGAUGGGGUGCAGGUGCUGUAAAAUGAUACAAAGCUACAUCUUUGAUCCUCAAGAAGUGCAGCCAUCUGGAUACGUCAAUGAAAUAAACUACAAGCCAGAUGAGCAAGAUGGAGGCAAAUUCAAAUGUAAGCAAAACAAUGACGUUCAGCCACAUAAUGAUCACUUGCAGAAAGCUGAGAUACAACCAGCAGCAAAUAGACACAAACUGAACAACACUAAGGGUGCUGCUCAGAAUCACAGAAGCACCUUUUUUCAUGAGGAAGAACUUGGGAACUCUGUUGAAAAGUGCAAUGGGGUACAUUCCUAUCCCAAUCCCAACACAAACCAAAGUAGAGAGAGCAGCACACACGUCUACUCUGGCCAGCUUUCAGAUUCUUCAGCCAAAAGGAUCUCCCAGCCACAGACAUGUGACAACCAUGAGAUUCCUAACAUUGAAGUUUGUCGAAAGUUACCUUCAGAGACAACAGAAAAUUUCCACUAUGAAGAAUUUCAGAGUACAGGCGAAAACAUUUCUUCCCAUCAAAGUGCCAUACUGGACAUGCAAGGCAAUGGUGCACAUCCACCUGGACCCAGUUAUCCUAAGAAUGCCAGCCAUGCUGGGAAACUAAAAGCUGCUGGAAGUAAAAGUGCAUCGAACCACAGCUACAUAGACCAAAACAUAGAAUGCACAGCUGGGACCAAACAGAGUAGGGACCUACCAUGGUGUGAGCCUCAACGCUCUGAUUCAGGAGAUAAAGCCUGUAGGACAGGCCCUUUAAAUGCUUGUUUCAAGAACAAAACAUCCAGUGAUGCCCCAUAUCCACAAGCCAAGACAGAUGUUCAACAAGAAGCUGAGUAUGAUUGCCAUGAAGAGGUGAAUGGAGAAGUAGAGGAGGAAGAUGCAGAUGUAGCAGAGGCUCUUGCAGCACUUGAGGCUGCCACAGCUGGAGAAGAUUCUGAGGAGGAUGAGAAAUACUAGAUGAUAGCCAAGAUACCAAGAACUCUUCUCUUUGGCAGUUCUUUAACAUGGCACAGUGGGGCCAGCCUUUCAGGUUGACACUUGCAGGCCUUUGCCCAGGAUACCCAUAACCCGCAGGAGGAAUAUGUAAUUAGGUUGGGCAAGCGAUUAUGAAGAGCGGCCACUUUUUCCAGACUAUGCUGAGGUGUCAUCAUUAGGAUCACCCAAUCGAAUGCUGUUGGGCCAGCACUCUGCACUAGGGCUGAACAGAAACAUAGGUCAGGAUUUACUGGUGGACCUUUGAGUGAUGUGCAAUAGCUUGGGAAAGCUUCCUGACUCCAUCCUCUCCGAAACAAAAGGUGUUUCUCUGCCCAAUUAGGCUGGUGAAAUGGAGAAACCUUGAGGUGACUGGGAGCAGACCUUUAUGUAAAAGGACAGUGGCCUCAAUUUUGUUGUGAUGCUGACCGCAGAUUCCUCAUCUCAAAACGUGCUCAGGUGGGCUCUCUUCUUUAAUUUAAGAGCUUGACUUUUGAAAAUAGAUCUUGAAGUACCUAGUAAAACACAGAGUAAGUCCAACAAGACUGAAGUCUAUCCAUCGUGCUCUGCCUUUUCAGGGACCUGCUCCUGCCAGCCAAGCAAAUCCCCUCCCUCUGUUCCUCCAAAUGGCAGUUCCAGCUGCAAUGAAUGGUUAUCAUAUAUCAUUUGCAGAAGAGGGAAAAACCCACUAUUGAGAACAAUUACGUCUCAGAGAUUCUCUUCUAACUGGAGAAAAAGGAGGACAUCCUCUGUUCAUGAAAGCACUAAGCCUUCCUUCAUAGCAAUAACUAAAAAGGAACCUUACUUAAAGAAGCCAGUAUGCUGUUCUGCUACACUUCCAGGCUAUACAGGAAUUUUCUUGAUCCUCCAGGGCUUACAGGCUUUAGAACAUUCCACUUGUCUCAAAGCAAACCUGCAAAACAGCCAGUUUGAACUAGCUAUCACACAAAACUACUUUUUCUGUGACAUUUUCAGCAGUGCCAAAAAUCCUCCCUUUCCAACUUUUUUCUGGACAAAAAGUUUGCUUGUUUAUCUGUGCUGAUCUCAGUGACAUCACCAUGUAGCUAAAUCUCUGACAGAAUACUUGUCUUUUCAUGAUGUCAGCUCAUCCACUGCUCAGUCACUCAUGAUUAAAUCUCAGAAGUUGAAAGCAGCUAUAAAUGAGAUGGAGGAAUAAUGCCUAACUAAAUUAGGAAAAUAAAUUAGUGUUUUCCCAAUCUAAAUGUACAUCUACUCUACAGUUGUUGAUUUAUACCCCAAAAUCAAAGUUGGAGAAUAUUUUGCUUAGCUUUAGUUUCAUGUAAUUUUUAAAAAAGUUGUGAUUAAAUCUUUUUCUGCUACUAUUUGCCACAUAUUCCCAAACCAACAAUCUAGGUAAAAGUUUGUUUAUUACACAGGUUCCUUCUAGCUGCAUUCCUUCUUUUCUGCCAGUUCUUCUGUCAAUGGCACUGUGUGUUCAUACGGCUGAGAAGUGCUGCUUGGUCACCUGGCUAAGUGCUUCAAGUUCCUGAGUACUAUUGUGAUAUAUGUUGAUUUUCAGCACCAACUUACCAAAAACCAUAGUGCCAUCAUUUCUAUUCCAGUAAGCACAAGAAAUACAAUAAGCACAAGAGAUGCUAUAGUAUGAAGCAUCACAAAAGCAGGGCAUUCUCAUGUUGCAGUCUUAAAUGUGGCUAAAUACAAAUUAAUGUGAAAUGCAAACUGAAUGUGCUUACAUGCGCAGGAGAGGUUUGUGCAUGCACUGAUAUGACUUGACUUCUCAUGUUCAUGAAGGACUCCAUUUAAGAAGCCCUUGUUUGUGCUGACCUGAAGGAUCUCUCUCUGAGGCUGGAAGGGGUACUUUCUGGAUUAUAGUUCAUGAAUCCACCAACCUAUUGCUUGGAGAUUUUGGGAGUAGUAGCUCAAAAUUUUUCUACAUGGGGUGGGUAAGUGGGCGGGUGGAUCUGCCCCAUCUUUAUCAACAAGUGCACCAGUAGUGAAGUCAGCUGAUGUGAGCACCAUAGUGUCUGGUGAUUGACGAAACAGUUACCAGGCACCAUGGUACAGCCUCCUUCCUGUGGAACAUUAUUGUUUUGAAAAGUCUAUGUAAAUCAGGAUCUUUUGCAAAUAUAAUAAAUUUGUCCUUUUUAACAUGCUUGGAAA